AUGCCACCAGCAAUAACAUAUCCAUGGGGGUUUUACAACAACUUCACAAAACCAAAUUUUACCUUUUCAGUACCAACCUUUCCGCCAGGCUAUAAGAACUGGGAUGUACCAUCCGAACCAGCUGCUCAAAAUCCGAUUAAGGACAGUGUUUAUACCCUGGUUCUGCACAUAAUUCUCUUCACUAUCUGUUUAUCUGAAAAUACUAUUACUCUCUUUAUUCUGUACAGCAAGAUAAAAGCAGGAAAACAGACGUUUGCUCAAUAUAUGCUGAUUAACAUCGCCUGCGUUGACAUUUUAACGUCCCUUACACACUACCCCCCAAUAUUUGUCAAGUUUACUCAUGGAGGAUUCGUUUGGCUGGCACAAGGUCUUGCGGGAGAUGUGUUGUGCACACUGUACAACUUUCUGCUACAUCUUCCAGAAAAGGUGUUAAUUCUCACUUUGGUCUCACUAGCAUGCGACGCUGCGAGAAAUUCUUCGCCAAAAGGUCGUCGAGAACACAGUAAAAAGUUCAGUUUAAUCGUCGUUGUUUUAUUUUGGAUAACAGCUUCUGGCUUCUCGGCAAUUUACUUCAGGAUAAGCAAGGUUCAACCAAAUAUGGACCAUCAGGCUUACAUGUGUUCCACUGCGCAAGACAGUCGAAUAACUGUCACCACAUUGAACUUAAUUCACUCUUUUGUGUUCGUAGCAACUGCGGAUGCAAUAUUGACGAUUGUAGGUGUUGUGGUGUUUAUUAAAGUAAGGCGUCGGCUGAAAGAGAUGAAUAAGCACAAGCAAGAUAAAGACAAGACCCAGUCUCGUGUGAGAAAGGGGCGCAAGCGUGAAAUCAACUUGAAGAAAGACAAUAAAGUUUACGACGGACUUUCUGAAUCUAUAGCCGAUGUCGGCCAAGAGAUGCAGGCUAUGACAAGCAGCGGAAACAGAGCCGACGUCGAGACAGUUGGACAUUCAGGUUCUUCAUCUAUCAGUCCGGUGGCAUCUAAAGACGACAAGGAAAAUCAUGAUGUUGUAGCUACCGAGAAAGACACAAAUGCAUCACUGGUCAGAAAAUCCAGGAAGACUGUUGGCAGUCAAAAGAAAGAGAGAGGAAAGCAGUUUCACAAUCCAAGAGAUGAAGAAACCCAAGACACUCGACAACAUACUCGAGAGCGUUUUAAAACAACGCAAAUAGAAGCAAAAAUCAUGGGUGCCAUAUCAUCUCUUUUCGUAAUUAUUUCCCUAACUCAGUUGGUUUUACAAAUGGCAUGUCCCUCCUGCAGCGUUUAUUUAUCUGCUGUUGAGAUUGCGGCAGAAUUGUACACAGUCAUCAAACCUGAAAUAUACGCCAUUAUCGACAAAGAGUUCAGAAAGAAAUACAAGCAAUUUUCACCCAUUGCUUGCUGUUGUUUCAGGAGGGCAGCUGGGAGGGUAGGGGUCCCGCGGGCAGCGCAGCAAGAGAGAGAGACACGCCCAACGACAACUUAG